CUCUCUCUCUCUCUUUCUCUCCAUAACUUGAACUCUAAGAAUGAUUUAGUACUCCUCUCCCCUUUAAAUCACCAGAAACUAUUCUUCUUUCUUCUGCUCAAUCUAUCUUCCCCUGCUUUGAUUCCAUGCCUGAAUUAUCAUUCCAGUGACCACCUACGUCGACAACUCUUCCUUUCAAUACAUUGAAAACAACAAGAAGAAGAACAUGGGACGACAUUCAUGCUGCGUAACGCAGAAAUUAAGGAAAGGUUUAUGGUCCCCUGAAGAAGAUGAGAAACUGUUCCAUUACAUUACUAGAUAUGGUGUUGGCUGCUGGAGCUCUGUUCCUAAACUGGCCGGAUUGCAGAGGUGUGGGAAGAGUUGCAGACUGAGAUGGAUAAAUUACUUGAGACCAGACCUUAAGAGAGGGAUGUUUUCACAACAAGAGGAGGAACUCAUAAUGAAUCUCCAUGAAGUUUUGGGCAACAGGUGGGCACAAAUAGCAGCACAGUUACCAGGAAGAACAGAUAAUGAGAUUAAGAACUUUUGGAAUUCUUACCUGAAAAAGAAGCUAAUGAAGCAAGGAAUUGACCCAACAACACACAAGCCACUAAGUGAAUUGGCAGUGAAAGAGACAAAGAAUUUUUGUACUGAUAAGGCAUCUGCUCUGCAACCAACCAUUACUUGUCAUGAGCCAACAUUUCUUGUUAAUGAGACAACUUGCUAUAACAGCACAGCCUAUGAAUAUGAUCCUAACUUGUCCUAUUUUGAGUUGGGUUUUGAUCCAAAUGUGUAUCAAUCAACUCUUCCAAAUCAAUUCCAACCCAGUUUCAGACAAACCCAGCUGGACAUUAAUUCCAACUCUGCUUUCAUUUCAAUGCCAAACUUGACCAGUUUCGACUUCUCGGACAAUUCGGGUUCGAGCAACAGUUCCAAUAUCAGCAACUACAAUGGGUUUCAGAUGGUGGAGAAUGCAGGAGUUUCAUGGGAGAAUGAGAACAAGUUGGAUGUUUUCCAGUUUCAAGUCAAUGGGAUGAUCAAAUCAGAAGAAGAAGAAAUAAUAAUAAAGCAGCAGAGGCAGCAGAGCAGCUCAUCAUGGCAUGAAGAAGGAGUAGUACAACAGCUUCUUCACACACAAAAUUCAGUAGAUUUCAGUAGCUACCCAUUAACAUCCCUUUCAGAGGAUCUAACAGCAGAGAAUUUGGACUUCUACCAUCACCAGAUUUGAAACUGUAAAAACUUCAUUACUCUUUUUUUUUUACUGCAUUUGGUUAAUUUCUUUACAAAUAUGGAUACAAAGAGACAGUACAGGAAUUGCUGCAGAAAAGUUUCAAUUUUUUUUUUUGUUGGUUCUUGAUUAGUCCAAUCAUACAUGUAAUUUUCUUCUUCUUUUUUUCUUUGUAAUUUGAAAUAAUGUAAUUGCAA